GGGUUGGUAUACAUUUUUGACGUGCGAGAUAGCGCCCAAGGCUCGCCUCCACAUGUAAUCAAAACGGCGCGUCGGCAGACUGCGCGGUGACAAAAUGAGAAAAAAGGUGUCGGUGUCAAGGAGAUGUCAGGACGGCUGCGGAGACGGCAUAUUCAGCGCCGAGGUGGAGAGGAUGUCAGCGGAAAGCCUUAGGCCAUCCAGCCACACACUCGUGACAGCCUUCCCCUUCCCUCCGCCGUGCCGCCGCCACCCUGCAUCCGUCUCGUGGGGAGGAGGGCUUCGGCGGAUUGUGGGUCAGGACCGCACGGAGGCGGGGCUUAUUAAGCGUUUCCGUGGAGAUGGCGUGCGCUACAAGGCCAAGCUGAUUGGGAUUGAUGAGGUGACAGCCGCGCGUGGGGACAAGCUGUGCCAGGACUCCAUGAUGAAGCUGAAGGGAAUGGCUUCGUCAGCGCGCUCCAAGGGGGAGCACAAGCAGAGGGUCUUCUUGACCGUCUCGUUCGGCGGGAUAAAGAUUUACUGCGAGAGAUCAGGGGUGCUUCUGCAUCACCACUCGGUCCAUGAGAUCAGCUACAUCGCCAAGGACACCAGGGACCACCGGGCCUUUGGGUACGUCUGCGGGAAGGAGGGCCACCACCGGUUUGUGGCCAUCAAGACGGCGCAGUCUGCGGAGCCGCUGAUCCUUGACCUGCGCGACCUCUUCACGCUGAUUUAUGACAUCAAACAGCGGGAGGAGAUGGAGAAGAAGGCUCAGAAGGACAAACACUGUGAGCAGGCCGUCUACCAGACCAUCCUCGAGGACGAAGUGGAUGACCCGGUGUACCAGUACAUAGUGUUUGAGGCUGGACACGAACCCCUCCGUGGCCCCCAGUCAGAGGAGAGCGUUUAUCAGGUCCCAACCAGUCAGCAGAAGGAAGGGAUCUAUGACGUUCCCAAACGCCAUUUCAUGACUAACAUCAACCACUUUGAUCUUUUCGGGGACAUGUCCACCCCUCCCUCGAUGCCCCCGUCACCUGCCAACACGCUGGACCCGAACCGGAGCAGCCGCCAGCAGCAGCAGCAGCAGCACACCCCCGCUGAGCUGUACGCCCCCUUCAGCCCGACCUCCGUGCCGUCAGGUUACAUGACCAUGGGGCCGGUCCAAGCGGCUCAGUGGGCCCAGCAGCCGUUUCCCGGCCAGGCUCAGACUUUGGCCUUCCCCGUUCAGGGCCCCCUCCAGGUGGCUCAGGUCCUCCCCGGCGGUCAGCCCAUCAUCCUGAGCCAGGCCAACAUUUUCCCCACCACUCAGCAGCAGUGGGCGGCCAUGGCUGCGUAUAUGCCGGCCCAGACGGUGGGAGUCGGGGGCCACGGCAUACCAGCUGCCAUGCUCCAAGGACUGGUCCCCAUUACCACCGUGUGCCCCCAAGCGUGUGACCUGUCGGCGCCUUCCUCGGCCAUCACCAGCCCCCAUCACAUGGCCGAUCCCGCCCUGCUCCAGAGGCAGCUCAGCCUGGGGAAGGAAGGACUGGGCGUGGACUUGGACGCGGGCGAGGGCCCGUCCACGUCGGGAGCGGGACCCGGCGUGGUGUCCGGAGGGGCGAGCAGGUGCGGAACCCCUGGCCUCAUGAGUGCGCCUGACACGCUGGUCUGCAGUCAGCUGCUGCCGCCACAGGCAGCAGCCAAUCAGGAGGAAGAAGGUAGCUGUAGCGACCUUGAUCUGUCCAGGAUGACUUUGAGCCCAGGAACGUCCACCUCACCAUCAACCGAAUCACCAUCCACACCUGCCCCUCAGCAGAGCUCGUCUUCAGACUGCCCCCCCUCCCAGGGCAGUGACCCCCCGACGGAUCACUCCCCAGUUGACCCGGAGGGACUCCCCAGCAACACCAGGGAGGAACAAUCAGGUUGGGCGAGCUCGGACUCUCCGGUGCCGAGCGAAGCCGGCGAGCCGACGGAUCAGACGGCCGGUGACGCCGGAGUCGAUGCAGACGUCUACGUGACGCACACAAUCAUGUCUUCUGUGAUGAUGCAGCCGAGCAGAUUCAGUUCCCACAGCUGCCUGCUCGCUCUGACGCUCAGCUUGGUGCUGCUAAGUCAGUUUCCUCGAACAGCAGCAAGUGAUGAGAACUCCAGUGUUCGUGAAGCCCGUUCAGUGGGCAACCGGGUGCUAGUUCAGCCGGUGGACUGUGUUUUAUCGGAGUGGAGCCGUUGGUCCCGCUGUGACACCUGCACAAAGAAGAAAUACCGCUAUGCUAAACUGGAGCGGCCAUCUCAGUUUGGAGGAGAGCCAUGCUACCUUCAUGGCGCCCAGGAGGAACGCUGCGAGGUUCCAGCCCGCUACACCUGCGAUAACGUACCUCUGUGUGAGGGAUUCCUCUGCACACAAACAGGUCGCUGUGUCCACAGAACCCUGCAGUGUAACGGAGAGGACGACUGUGGGGACAUGUCCGACGAGGUCGGCUGCACGAAGACGUCCAAGCCCUGCAGGGUGGAGGCAGAAGAGUACUGGGGAAUAGAAAAUCUGGCCAAAGGAAUAAACGUCCUGAACAGCCACCUGGAAGGCGUGGUGCUGGAUAACAGAUACUAUGGAGGCGGCUGCCUGCCUCACUACAUCCAGGAUGUCCCGUUCAGGAAGCCUUUCAACCUGCAGCAGUACACGUUGCAGACGAGAGGCUCGUACGAUUUCACCCUGCAGUCAUUCGAGUCGUACUCUGACUACAUGGAACACACUUUCAGGGAACGGAUGACCAAAACCUCUUUCUCCAUUGGCUUCGGCGUUCCGGGCGUUUUCAACUUUGGGUUCAAUUUUGACUCCUCCAAAUACAGCAAGUCUAUCAGCAAGAUUCGACGUGCCUCCGGAGCUACGAACAGCUUCAUUCGAGCCAAAGCGGAGCUGGAGCUGGCCCAGUACAUCCUGAAGGCCGACGGCUUGGUGCUUCACCCGGAGUUCCUGCAGCGCCUUCGCUCUCUGCCGCAGGCGUACGUUUAUGGAGAGUACAGACAGAUCUACAAGGACUACGGCACCCACUACAUCACCGAGGCCGCCCUCGGAGGAGACUUCGAGCACACGACCAUCCUGAACAAAGAGAAGCUGGAGAAGUCAGAUUAUAAUUUGGACCAGUACAAGUCUUGCCUGCAGGUAGGCUUCAACGUUGGGGCGGUCAUUAAAGGAGUUCCUGUAUCUGUGGGCGCUGGAGGUGGAUCCUGUGAUGGACUUCUGAAUGAAAUGGGAGAGGACACGAAGAACGGGGAGAUGGUGGAGGACUUUGUUGCCGUCGUACGGGGCGGAAGCAGUGAAUCCAUCACUGCUUUGUUGUCUCAGAAGCUUCCCAGCGAACAGCUGAUGAAGCUCUGGGGUGAAGGCGUCCGUUACAACCCGGACUUCAUCCGCAUGACAACCAAGCCGCUGUACGAGCUGGUGACUUCCAGAGACUUCGUCCAGGCCGACAGUCUGAAGAGGAACUUGAAGAGAGCUCUGUCCGAGUACCUGGCUGAGGCCAGCGCCUGUCGCUGUGCUCCCUGUCACAACAACGGAGUGGCUGUUCUAAAAGGCACAAGAUGCGAGUGCGUGUGUCCUACUGGCUACACCGGACGGAGCUGCGAAAUCACUUUCAGGCAAAAAGCGUUGGGCAUCGAUGGUGGCUGGAGCUGUUGGGGAGCGUGGUCAUCCUGCAGCGGGGGUCAGAUCACCCGGAGUCGACAGUGUAGCAACCCGGCACCAAGCAGCGGCGGCCUCCCGUGCAGAGGGCUGCAGCAGGAGUCCACCGACUGCUUUUAAAGUCACAGGUGUUACAAGAAGAGAAAGUGAAUAAAGUAUCUACCAAACA